AUUCCUUCAUAACAACAAUAAAAAAACAACGUAAAAAUAGUUUUAUUAACGCCACUUAUUGUGUUAUAACGUUUCUAGUGUAUUUGUACGGUGUUUUGGGGCAUAAAGAAGAAGAGUUUCAGCUGCUAUACAGCUAGCUAGACGGGGCUGGAGAGAGGAAGUGGAGUUUGGCUUACGUUGAGAGCAAAGUGGGCAGAGCCGUUGAAGGAUAUGAGCUCAGGCAGAGAGGAGGACGACACACACAACACAACAGAACAGAGGAGCGAGGCGUCGAGAGCGGAGAGAAGACUGAAGAGCUCCGCAACGAUGCGGCCGAAAGACCCACAAAAAGACGACGAAAAUCGCCAAAAAAUGCCACACUUGGCCGGGGUAGAUGACGGCGGAUAGACAGACACGGCCCUGAGGAAAAUGGGUAUUCCCUUGAUGUUACGCUAAUUGCGUCAAAGAAGAAAAGCGAUCAUCUGGCCCAUGCUAAAUGGGUUGACAUUUAGCCACCAUGGAGUCGUGAAGUGACGGAUUCGUGUGAUUCGCAUUGCAGCGGAGAUUUCGGAGGCACGAGACUGGUGUGAAGAUUCUCGAAUUUUGAAAAAAAAGAAGACGGCUCUACGCCAUUCAACUGGAUAUUGCUGAAGUGGAGACAGCGUUGUUUAACGUGAAGAUGGCAAAGUGAUUUGGCAGUUAGCCGAAUUUUGACAAGAUGAAACCUUUUUUCUGACAGGACUUUGACGUUUUCAUUUUUAUUUUUUUACGACAACACGGACACUGGAACAAUUUUGUGGACUUGAAAAAAUUGCAAUGUUGUUUUUGGGAAACACAAAAUCAGCCUUUGUACAUUUGAUAUUCAAAUGUUGUUUUUAAAUAAAGUGUAUGUCAUCGUACUUUUUCCUGGCUUUGUUUCAGUUUCAUUAGCUAAUUAACCAGAAAAUCACAAGAGGAUAUUUGGCGUAAUAUUUUGAUAACGUUGGAGGUCCAUUAGCUCGGCUGUUGGUUUUAAUAUUCCGUACAACAAAUUAAUUUGGUUAGCAACGACUUUAUGUCACCACUCAUUAAGGUUUGCUAAUUUAUAAGCUAGAACCAAGUGCUUACGGUAAACUUCGUACUGGGUCGAUGAAUCUCCUAAAGUAAUGCUCUCUUUUAACAAUCAUCAUUCGAUUGGUUGAGAUAAAGAGAAUGAGUCAGUCCCAUUUGGAAAAUCUUAAUUUUAUCAAUUAAAACAGUUGAAGAAUACAAUCCUUUUACAUUGCAACUAGAAAAGGUUUUUUAGUCUGAAAUGAAACAAAAAUGGUUUCCAAAGACUCUCUAAAAUGGCUCCCGGUCGUCCUUCUUCCUGUCUGAGCAGGAAGUGAUGCAAUUGGUGCAACAUAAAAUAAUAUACUUUUAAAGCCUCUCAGUAUCUUUAACCUUUUUUAUAUGAAGUGGCAAGUAAAAGGUCUCAACUUCAAGCAGCCUAGGGGGCUGGAUAAAAUAAAUACUAAAUUUAUAUAUUAAAAAGCAACAUUUAAACAUAAUAAAAGGGGUGGGACUUAACCAUCACCUGAGUGUGUGGGGUAAAUGGAAAUAACGUCAAUCAAAGGCAAAGCUUUCAGAGCUAGGAAGGAGCUCUAGAUGGCGGCUGAGCCUUGGGAAGGGUGCCAUGGGCUUUCGUCGGACCGUUUCUCUUGCACCGUUUUUCGACCCGAGACCGCUUUAUUUUGAUUAUAUUUGAAGUGUGACCGUACCGCGUGUGUUUUAACGAGAAUUUAGACGUUUUUGCGUGGUUUUUGGGCUGUUUUUUCGAUCCGAAACGAGCCCGUCUGUGCUGUUGCUGAGGGAGUAGCUUGUCGUUGUUUUCCAUACUGGGCUCUCUGGCAGCCAUGGCGCGCCUCCAUUUUUAGUGUGCUGCUUCGCCUCCUCUGUCGCUCUGAGUCUGUCAUCUAAUGCAGACUUUAAAGGCCUAAAAGCUUUACAAAACAACUCUCUUUUUUUCUAAUUUAAUGUUAAGUUAUUAUUCUUUUUAUUUUUAUUCGAUUUGCUUAAAACCCUGUUAUAUAUAUAAAUAUAUAUAGCGUGAAUUUAAUAGUUCAUUUAUAGGGUUACCACCUUUUCUUCACAUUGUUUACAUUGUGCAGCUUAUAAUUUACUGAUUUUCUUUCCAUCCUUUAAAUCUUUAUUUUUCUUAUCCCUUCAUGUGAUGACGCAGUUGGAAUUAAUUGCAUGCGGCUUGAUCCGAUAUUGAAAAAAGACAUUACGUUGGAUAUUUAACGUAUUUGUAUCAUUUUUCCUGAGCAAUAUUUUUUUAGAUUAGCGAUGUAAAUAAUGAUACUAAGAUCUGUCGAUUUAAUGCCUUUUUUUUUCUUAACUCGUGUCGCACCGCCUGGUUUUUUUUUUACUGCCACCUGAGCAAAGCCAAAUCUUAUGGGACUUUUAUGAUAGGUCUCUAACUUUUUGACAGUAAAAUACCAGGACAAAAAGAAAGCUUUUUCCAGGAUACUACCAUGAUGAAGAAUAAAAGUGACAAACAAGAGGAUGAAGGAUCGACUCAUAGCAAUGCAUCAAGAUAAAGACACAGAGACGUUUGGAUACUAAAUGCAGCAACUCAGCCUCAGAGGAAUCCAACCGCUCUGCGUCGGAGUCCGGAAGUCAGUCAGAGAGCGAGCAUGGCAGUGAGAGGAGGAGAUCCCACAACUCCGAGUCAAACAGCUCCUCAGAGUCAGAGUCACACUCACACUCAGAGUCAGGGAGCGAGUCGGCAGAGUCCAAGUCACAGCAAACCUCAGCAGAAGUGAAAGACAAGCCAGUUAGAAAGAAGGAGCGCCUGGCCGAUGUGAAGAAGAUGUGGGAUGAACAUCCAGAUGUGUAUGGGGUCAGGAGGUCAAAUCGCAGUAGACAGGAGCCGGCUCGUUUAAACAUCGGCGCUGGGGGUAGCAGUGGCUCUGAGAGUGAAAGUCCCAAGAGAAAAACCCGGGCCAAGAAAAAAGAAAAUAUCUGGAAUGACUCAAAUGAUGAAGACGAGGAGGAGGAGGAGGAGGCUUCCGAGAGUACAAACAGUGAGCAGGAAGAGAAAAAAGUUAGAUCCAGACGACUUCCUGCUAGAAGACCUCAGACCAAAUCAUCAUCCAAAAAACAGCCGUCUCAAAAAAGCAGGAAGUCCAGGAAACAGGACUCGUCUGCUGAAGAAGACGACGAUGAUGAUGACGACGACGAUGAUUAUGACGACGAUGACGACGACACUCAAAAGAGACAGACUCGAAGAAGGGGUGCAACAAAAGUGAAAAGUUAUAAAGAGGACCAACAUGACUUUGAAACAGACUCUGAUGACCUGAUUGAAAUGACGGGGGACGCAGGCGAGGAGCAGCAGGAUGACGACAGCGAGACCAUUGAGAAGGUUAUGGACACCAGGACGGGCAAAAAAGCAGCCACGGGGGCUACCACCACUGUGUAUGCUGUGCAGGAAAACGGGGACCCAAAUGAGGGCUUUGACCCCGAGAACGAUGAAGGGGAGACUCACUUUCUUAUCAAGUGGAAGGGCUGGUCCUACAUCCACAACACGUGGGAGAGCAUGGACACUCUGGUGCAGCAGAAGGUCAAGGGACUGAAGAAGCUGGACAACUUCAAAAAGAAACACGAUGAGCUCACUUCAUGGCUGAGGAGGGUGUCCCCCGAGGAUGUAGAGUUUCAUAACUGCCAACAGGAGCUCAUAUCCGACUUGAACAAGCAGUUUCAGUUUGUGGAGCGCAUUAUUGCAACUAAAACAGGAAAGACACCAGGAUCCAUUGACUUCCCCUCUCAUAGUCACAAGUUGCCAACCUCCGACGAGCCAGAGUAUCUAUGCAAGUGGAUGGGCUUGCCGUAUUCAGAGUGCAGCUGGGAGGACGGAGCUCUGGUUAGAAAGAAGUAUCAGCCCUGCAUCGACAGCUUCACCAACCGAAUCUCCAGUAAAAACGUCCCCUCUAAAGAGUGCAAGGUGUUAAAGCAAAGACCAAGGUUUGUUCCUCUGAAGAAACAGCCAUCAUAUAUCGGAGAUGAAAACCUUCAGCUGAGAGAUUAUCAGCUGGCUGGGUUGAACUGGUUGGCUCACUCCUGGUGCAGGUGCAACAGUGUCAUCCUCGCUGAUGAGAUGGGGCUGGGAAAGACCAUCCAGACCAUCUCCUUCCUGUCCUACCUGUUCCAACAGCAUCAGCUGUACGGACCCUUCUUAGUGGUGGUGCCUCUGUCCACGCUCACCUCCUGGCAGAGGGAGUUUGACACCUGGGCGCCGCACAUGAACGUAGUGGUCUACCUCGGUGACGUCAUGAGCAGGAAAUCGAUCCGUGACUACGAGUGGGUGAACCAUCAAACCAAAAGAAUCCGUUUCAAUGCGCUAUUGACCACUUACGAAAUUCUACUUAAAGACAAGGGGGUGCUUGGGAACAUCAACUGGGCGUUCUUGGGUGUGGAUGAAGCUCACAGGCUGAAGAACGACGACUCCCUGCUGUACAAAACGUUAAUGGAGUUCAGGUCCAACCACAGGCUCCUCAUCACUGGCACUCCGCUGCAGAACUCCCUCAAAGAGCUCUGGUCGCUGUUGCACUUCCUCAUGCCUGACAAGUUCGCGUCCUGGGAGGAUUUUGAGGAUGAACACGGGAAAGGAAGGGAAAACGGUUAUCAGAGUCUUCACAAAGUCCUCGAGCCCUUCCUCCUGCGGCGCGUCAAGAAAGACGUGGAGAAAUCUCUCCCUGCCAAAGUGGAACAGAUCCUCCGCGUAGACAUGACGGCACAGCAGAAACAAUUCUACAAGUGGAUUUUAACGAGGAAUUACAGAGCUCUUUGGAAAGGCACCCGAGGCAGCUCCUCCGGCUUCCUGAACAUCGUUAUGGAGCUCAAAAAGUGCUGCAACCACAGUUUCCUCAUUAAACAGCCGGAUGAUGUAGAGAAUGAAACACAAAAGGAACACCUGCAGAGUCUCGUGAAGGGCAGCGGGAAGCUGGUGCUGCUGGACAAGCUGCUGACCAGACUCCGAGAAAGAGGCAACCGAGUCCUGAUCUUCUCCCAGAUGGUCAGGAUGUUGGACAUUCUGGCUGAAUACCUUGCCAAGAAUCGCUACCCAUUCCAGCGGCUGGACGGCUCCAUAAAGGGAGAAAUCCGAAAGCAAGCACUUGACCACUUUAAUGCAGAAGGCUCAGAGGACUUCUGCUUCCUGUUGUCCACCAGAGCUGGAGGUUUGGGCAUAAACUUGGCCUCAGCAGACACCGUCGUCAUCUUCGACUCUGACUGGAACCCUCAAAACGACCUGCAGGCUCAAGCCAGGGCUCACAGGAUCGGCCAGAAGAAACAGGUGAAUAUUUAUCGACUGGUCACCAAAGGGACAGUGGAAGAGGACAUCAUCGAGAGGGCAAAGAAGAAGAUGGUGUUGGACCAUCUCGUCAUUCAGAGAAUGGACACCACUGGUCGAACUGUACUGGACAACAACAGCUCUGGAAACACAUCAAAUUCAAACCCAUUCAAUAAAGAAGAACUGACUGCCAUCCUCAAGUUCGGAGCAGAGGAGCUUUUCAAAGAGGCAGAAGGAGAGGAGUCUGAACCACAGGAGAUGGAUAUUGAGGAGAUCCUGAGGUUGGCUGAAACAAGAGAAAGUGACCAGGGCUCAAGUGCUACGGACGAACUUCUCUCUCAGUUUAAGGUGGCCAAUUUCUCGACCAUGGAAGAGACCACUCCUGAGUUUGCGGACAAGCCCGGACGGGAAUGGGACGAUAUCAUCCCCGAAGAGCAGCGACGCAAAAUCGAGGAGGAGGAGAAGCAGCGGGAGAUGGAUGACAUCUUCAUGCUGCCCAGAAGCAGGAGCUCUAACAAGAGGGCUCAGGCCAAUGACAGCGACAGUGAUGUGGGCUCCAAGCUGAAGAACCGCUCCUCAGGCUCCGAGAGUGAGACUGAUGAUAGCGAUGACGACAAGAAGCCAAAGAAGAGAGGCCGACCCAGAGCCCGCAAAAACAACGUGGAGGGUUUCACAGACGCAGAGAUCCGCAGGUUCAUUAAGGCAUACAAGAAAUUUGGAUCUCCACUCGAAAGGUUAGAGGCCAUCGCCCGAGACUCUGAGCUGGUUGACAAAUCCAUAGCUGACCUGAAGAGACUCGGUGAGCUGAUUCAUACUAGCUGUGUGACUGCAGUGCAGGAGCACGAGGAACACCUUAAAGAGAACCCAGUUGAAGCCAAAGGUCCUGGGAAACGGCGAGGAAUUAACAUCAAGAUCUCAGGAGUGCAGGUCAACGCGAAGACCAUCAUCCAGCACGAGGAAGAGUUUGAGCCGCUGCACAAAGUGGUGCCCUCCAAUCCCGCUGAGAGGAAUAAGUUUAAUCUGACAUGCCGGGUCAAGGUAGCCCACUUUGAUGUGGACUGGGAUCUGCAGGAUGACGUUCAGCUCUUGCUCGGUACCUAUGAGCACGGCUUUGGCAACUGGGAUCUAAUCAAGACGGAUCCUGACCUUAAACUCGCUGAUAAGAUUCUCCCAGCGGAUCCAAGCAAGAAGCCUCAAGGCAAGCAGUUGCAAGCGAGAGCCGAGUAUCUCCUUAAGCUGCUGAAGAAAGAGCAAGACAACGCAGACCAGUCUAAAACAGGGGAGGAGGUCAAAGUGAGGAAGAGGAAGCCUCGGGUGAAGAAGGAGAAGAUUCUCAAGGACGAGCUGGGCAACGACAUCUCCUCCCCACGCCUGUCUGACAACCCGUCAGAGGAGGGCGAGGUCAAGGAUGAUGGAACAGAGAAAUCCCCCGCUAAGAAACGACCAAAGAAAAAGGACAACAAAGAGAACAAAGUAAAACAGGGAACUCCUAAGAAGGAGAAGGACGGGGACAAAGAAAAAAAGGGCGCCAAGCCCAAAAAAGAAAAGGCUAAAGCAGCCAAAGGGAAGAAGACUCAAGGUCCAGUCCACAUAACGGCCGGGUCUGACCCCGUUCCCAUUGAAGGAAAUGAUGACGAUGAGCUCGACCAGGAGACUUUCAGUAUUUGUAAGGAGCGCAUGAGGCCGGUGAAAAAGGCCCUGAAGCAGCUGGAUAAACCAGACGAGGGUCUGUCUGACCAGGAGCAGCUCCAGCACACUCGCACAUGCCUACUGAAGAUUGGAGACCGCAUCACCGAGUGCCUUAAAGCCUACAGCGACCCCGAACAUGUCAAAAUAUGGCGAAGAAACCUCUGGAUUUUUGUGUCCAAGUUUACAGAGUUUGGUGCGAGGAAGCUUCACAAGCUUUACAAGAUGGCACAGAAGAAGCGAUCACAUGAAGAAGAGAAGGAGCAGAAGAAGAAGGAGGAUCCCGGGAGGUCGAAAAACUUCAGACCAGAUCCCAGUGGCUCCAGUCGAGACUCGACGGGUACUCAGUCGUCCUCCAAGCCUGGAUCUCACUCCGGUCAGCCAGGUCCCCACGGACACCACAGAGAGCCGUACAACUCGGCUAAUAAGCGGCACUUUGGCAAUGAUGAUAGAGGAGACUGGCAGAGGGACCGUAAAUACAGUUACCCAGGUAACAGCAACCAGUCAUGGCAGGGAGACCGACAUCAUCCGUACGAUCGCUACAAGGAUCACUACGAUGACCGACGUCAACAUGGAGACUCGUACCGCAGCUCGGGCGGUUACCGCAACAACAGCUCCCCGCGAAAAAGGCCAUACGAGCAGUACGGCAACGACCGGGACCACAGGGGUCAUAGACCUUAUUAUGACAGGCAUUCAGAUCCCAAAAGAAGACGUCCUGAUGAAUUCCGUCCCAACUACCACCAGGGAAGAGAAGGCCCUCUUCAGGACUUCAGGAGGAUGCCGGAGCACAGGCCAGCAGGUCCGCCGGGGUCAGAGCACUACAGCAGACCCUUCCACCCCGACAAACCUCCUCCGCUGCUGGACCCCCGCUCCCCGCAGGCUCAGAAGUCUCCACAGGACUCCCGCUCCCCACCGGAGCGGCCCGUAGACCCGAAUGCCGCGGCAGAUCCUAACUGGAACAACAGGAAAGCAUAGAAGUAUACCAGCGCUGGCUGGCUAAGAACCUGAUCUGGGUGUUUUUUGUCCAGGGGUCAAAGCCACAUACAUGCUGCUGACGGACAAGUCUGGACUCGCCAAUCAUAAGCUCGCAGUUGGAAAGGGAAUCAACAUGUACCCUCUUUACCAGCAAAACUAUAUUGCUCCCCUCCCUGGUGACUGUGGCUGUGAAUGAUUUGUGCCCUGAAGGAAGAAGUUUGUUUUUGCUCCUGUCAUCUUCAAGAUGACAAACUAAAGCAAGCAUCUUUAUUUAAAUGAACUGACUCCAAUCAGUCGGCCACGGUGAGACUGAGCGGAGUGCUUAUGGAUGCUUAGUCCCAUGGACUAUUUUCUAAGGAGAGUUUAGGAUACAUGAACUGAUGACUGAUCUCAAUCCUAAAAGUGCCUGAAGGCUUUCUGCCUUUCUGAAUGGUAAAUGUAUGGGAUUAUUCCCAAAGAAAGCGUGACAUGGACAUUAUUUUUUUUUUUUUGUGUUUCGCUUUAAGUAUUGCAAAAACGAUGUCAUGAGAAGAUUUCAAUACAAAAGAAUGUGUUCAUCAUGUUGCACCUCCGAAAAUGUUUAUCUUGAACAUGUAGCUGAACUGAAUCACCAUGUGGGUUAAUAUGGUGGCGGCCUACUUCUUAUGAAAUGUUGAAUGAUCACUGAAGCCAGUAUGUUUUCGUGUAAACACUCAGAAGGUUUGGAAAAAAGGUUUUUAAGCAAAUCCAUUUUUUUGCUCACCUGUACAAAUAAUCAUUAUUUCUGUAAUUGUGUAGUUAUAUAAAUCAUUGCAAUCCUCUUGCUUUGUUCACUUUAACCACUUUCCCUCUUAGUAGGCCCGAUGAAUUGGAAGCUUUGUAAGCAGUAUUUAUUGCAAUGGCUCAUAACACUAUGACUUAGAACAAUCCUUUAUUUUUGCCUUUCAGUGUUAAGAAUGGCACUUUAGUGUAGCUUCAUUAAUUCAUCUUUCCACCUUCAGUAUGUAAGUAAUCGAUUAUGUCUGAAAAUACUAUGUGAUGAAACAGUUUCUUUCCUUCUCUAUGGUUUUGGUAGGUUGUUUAAAGGGUUAUCAGGAAAGUCGCUGAUGACAUUUCAUUAUUUUUAUUACCUUUUGGUCACUUUUUUUCCUGUGCCAAACCUGCUCUGGCCCUCAAUUGUUUUGUUUUUUUACGCUUCUCCAUUUGUGCCUUAUUUAUGUGUGUAUUAUCAUACUGUAUAUCGUUCAUGGACAGUACUGGGGGCCUAUAGCGCAGGCAGGAUGUAGUAUUACACUCUCAUUUUAAGGAAAUAGCUCUGAAUGAACUGGUUAAGGGACCACGUGUUCUGGUAAUCAUCAUGUGGUUUCCAAAAAGAGUUGAUGAUAUGAGGGGAAAAAAUAACAUAAAUAUAAAGAAAUCAUGUGUGUGUGUUUCGUCCGGGGCACUCAGCCGACCUGUUGCAGUGAACAGCCAGCGCAUCUUUUCUUCCACGUUAAGCGAGCUACGUGUUCCUGUAUCAUAUGUUCUUUCAGAAAGUCUAAAUAAUUUAUAUUUGUGACAAAACCACUCUUCAUGAGAAAUGUGCUGUACAUAUGUUUGGACAUAUGUAAUAAACUUUGUUACACAAUGAAAA